GGCUGUGCGGAAGUUCUUUCAUCCGUGCUGCAGGAGGGGUUCGCCUCUGCGAUUAUUUCUCGCCACAACUUUACUGGGAUAAAACAAGAAAAAGCGCCAACUCUCUGACAAUACACAGCCCAAUUGGAGUUGGUGGUCUUCUAGAUAGGCGUUCUUUCCUGUCGGAAUCGUGUAAGGUAAGCAGACACUACACGAUGACAAGGCCAAGCCACAGCGAGCAUGUCCUGCAGCAGCUUAACAACCAGCGGGAGUGGGGUUUUCUGUGUGACUGCUGCAUUGCCAUUGGGGACAUCUACUUCAGGGCCCACAAGGCCGUACUGGCAGCCUGCAGCUCCUACUUCAGAAUGAUGUUUAUCAAGGACCAGCAGGCCAUGGCACGCCUCAACCUCAGCAAUAUGCAGAUCAGUGCAGAGUGCUUUGAUCUUAUCCUGCAGCUCAUGUACCUGGGCCGAAUCAUGGUGGGCCCCUAUGAGUUUGACGAGCUCAAAGCUGCCAUGGCCUACCUGCAGAUGUAUUAUAUCCCCGACUCCCUGGAGGACCUCAAAGAUCUUCGGAGUUCCAAUCUCACACCGUCGUCUUCGUCCUCUUCCUCGUCUUCCUCCUCCUCAUCAUCAUCCUCCUCAGCUGCGGGGUUGCUCGGGGGGAAAAUGAUGUUUGGGGUGCGUAUGUACGAGCAGCAGCAGCAGCGGCAGGCGGCGGCAGGGGCGGAGGGGGAGCGCGUGCAGCAGGCCACCAGCUCCACCCCCGCCCUGCAGAGCAUCAGCAGCACCGUCGGGGGCGGGGGCAAGCCCGUGGAGGAGGUGGUGCUGCCCUUGGCCCUGCCCCACGUCCUGGCCCACGUGGCCGACAGCAUGGCGGAACAGCCCUGCGACCUGCGGAAGAAGCCGUCUGGGCGGAGCUCCAACAUGAAGGAGCGGCCCCGCUUCGGCCGCACGUACACCUGCGACGACUGCGGCUUUGUCUUCAGCUGCGAGAAGCUGCUCAUCGAGCACAUCCUUACCUGCACCAACCGCAAGGCCUUCCAUGCCCCCCGGGCCAGCGCUGGGGGCGACAAUGACUCAAGCAAAGCGGAGAGCUCUGCCUCUGAAGGCUCUGAUGACCAUGGCGACAUCUGCAAGGUGGAAAGCGACUGGCCUGACCACAAGUCGGACACGGAGACCUUCAACAAGGAGACUGUGAUCAAGUCAGUGGGAGCGUCACUGGAUAGUAAGUCAAAGUCAACUAGGAACACCAUAAUCAUCAAAGUGGAGCCAGAGGAAAGCUCAGAGCUGGAGAUGGAUGGGAUAAAAGUGGUCCAGGUAGGAGAGAGCAGCUCAGAGGCCUGUAGCACCAUUAACGCCCAAUUUGAUGAUUCUGUAAAGCACCAUAGCAUCUUCGACAAAGAUGAAGAGGUGGGUAUAUCCGGCAUGGAGGACAGCAACGAUCCUUUCGAGGCACACAUGUCCACUAGCGAGGAAAAAGGAGCCGGGAAAAGGGUGCGGCGGAUCAAGGAGGAGAAGCAGAGCGGCGUGUACUUGCCAUGCGAGCUCUGUGGCACACUGCUGACGGAGGACGACCAGUCCGCCCACUACAUCUCCAGCCACAUGAGCAACAUAUGCGCCUGCGGGAAGUGUGGCCAGAUCCUGAUCAAAGGGAGGCAGCUGCAGGAGCACGCCGAGCGCUGCGGGGAGCCCCAGGACGUCGAGACGGACUCGCUGGGGGACGACUCCCUCUCCGAGGACAAGCAGACCAUGGAGGAGGCCCUGCUGGAGGGUGACAUGGGCUUCGAGGGCGACCUGGGCGGCAACUGCCACGUGUACCGGGACGCUUGCCUGGCCUUCCGCUGCCCGCACUGCGGCCUGCACUUCGAGAGCGAGAAGCUGGUGGUGGAGCACAUGAUGAAGUGCCCCGAGCAGGAGCUGUUCCGCUCAGCGCUGCUGGAGGAGAGCGAGCGCGACCACCGGCGGAAGCACUUCUGCAGCAUCUGCGGGAAGGGCUUCUACCAGCGCUGCCACCUGCGGGAGCACUACACCGUGCACACCAAGGAGAAGCAGUUCACCUGCCAGACCUGCGGCAAGCAGUUCCUGCGGGAGCGGCAGCUGCGGCUGCACAAUGACAUGCACAAGGGCAUGGCGCGCUACGUCUGCCCCGUCUGCGACCAGGGCACCUUCCUCAAGCACGACCACGUGCGCCACAUGAUCUCCCACCUGUCGGCCGGCGAGACCAUCUGCCAGGUGUGCUUCCAGAUCUUCCCCAGCAACGAGCACCUGGAGCAGCACAUGGAUGUGCACCUGUACAUCUGCGGCGUGUGCGGGGAGAAGUUCCGCCUCAGGAAGGACAUGAGGAGCCACUACAACUCCAAGCACACCAAAAAGUUAUAAAGGGAGAGGACGCUCUUUUUACUAACGCGCGUGGUUGUUUUGUAUGUAGGUGUGUGCGUGCGCGUGUGCGUGUGUAUGUGUGUGUCUCUGGUACAGAAGCCAUAAAUGUGACAACAGUAGUAUUCACCUGAACACCAAAAAGCAAACUCUAUAACAUGCACUUCAAAAUUUGUAUGCAUCGUUUAAGUAUGCUGUAUGAAUUUUGCAUAAAGGGAGCUAGCAACACAGGCUGUAAUAUACAUGUUUGUGUUUUUGUUUUCCCUCUGUUAUUAAUAUACAUUUCAUAUGGUGCAGGAAUAAUUUGGGAUGUCCCAUUCUGUUACAUACAGGGCACAGCAGGUAUAUUCCUAGGCUUAGUUCUUUCAUGGAUAGAGGGCUUAUAUUGUAGUUACCAGUAUAGACCAGGCUGAUCUUCCCCUGUUGGCAGUUGCAGAUGUUUAGUGGGUUGUAUUUUAUUUAUUUAUUUAUUUUUCUGGUUUGCAAGAAUUGUAUUUUGUUGCCAAAAUGGGAUAGAAUUUUCUGUUUCAGUUUGUUCUCUCAAUCACAGUGAAACAGAAGCCAUGCGAUUGUGGUUACCAGACUUUUCACUGCAUCAGAAAUGCACAUUAACGGAGUGAUGGUUCAGAGGUGCACCGUCCAGGAGUGCCCAAAAAAUUUACGUUAACGGGUAAAAUUUUGAAUGCGAGUCUCAAUCAAUUUAGUCCUCUACAAUUAGUUUUAUUUUCAGAGUGUAUAGUUUUUAUUUGAAAGUUUUUUUUUUUUCUUUCACCAACAUGUUAAACAUAGAUUUUGUUAAUUCUUGCCUUUAUGAUAUCAGUUGGACCUGACGUGACAUGUGGUCACAUGGUUUGCUGAUGCAAAUAUGCAAAUGGUCACCACCCCCUUUUCAAGGUUUGAUGCUCCUGGAUGGGCAGUGUAGAGCUGGAACUCGGUAAGUGUGGAAAACAAACGAUAUAAUCAUCCUUUAUGUGAAAGAAAGAAGGUUUUGUCAGGCCUGUACACAUAGUUCAGCUAGAAAACUAAGAAAACUAUGAUAAUCUUAUGAAAGGUACAGAGACAUUUUAAAUGAACAAUCAGGUGAAACAAGUGCAGCUACAGCUCUGGUUGAGAAAGAAAAACACUAGAAUCCCUGUGUUUGGUUUCAAGUCUAUAGGGAGCCAAUGUAGCCGGAUGCACGUUCUCUUUGUAUUUUAGCAAUCAUUCAUUCUCUUCACUUCUUCAAAUGAUUGUAUAACGGCAAAUGUCUUUGUUCUUUUGCAAAACACUUCUCUUGUUUUCUUUUGAUUAUGUUCUGAGCCCUGAUUGUUUUCCAGCAUGCUUUCUGUGUUUUGCUACCACUCUGCAGGCUCUGGUGCUGAUUAAGGCAAGGAAAACUCCUGAAGCAUCCGCAAAAUGCCUGAAAAUUUCAACUUGCCGAUUUGUUCCGUGAUAUGCAUCAGCUCUUUGCAGCAUGUAAUGAAUUAACAGUACUUAAAGGAGAUCCUUAAAGCUGUAUUUGAGUCGUCAUGUAUUGUACCAGACCAUUGACUAUGCUUUGACAUGAUUGGCUGUUUGGUGUUAGUCUAUGCAACAAUAAUAUGAAGUACUGAACCCCAGUAUAGGCCUUAUAGCAUUCUAGCUUUUUACUAGAAUUCUUAAAAUACUGUAGUAUCCCCUGCCCUGCACCCACCUGCCCAACAGAAAAAAAGAUGUAGGGGAUAAUUUGAAUGCAUAUAACCAUGAAAGCUUUGAAAUGGAUAACCCUUUAAAUUUUUAAAGAACUGUACAAAACUGACCCAGGAUGGUUGAGUUGAACUCAUUUGAACUCAUACUGUGUUAUGUCAUGUGUCACAGGUAGAAAUUAUUUGGGCCUGAGCUCAGUCAUUAUUAUGAAGAUAGCAUCGAGGGAUAUUUAAUUUGAGAAAUAAUAUAACAAGCUUUA